GCUCACCUGCUCAAUAUUUUGAACUCAAAAGCUAUCAGAUGCAUAUACCGGAGUAUUUGUUCCUCCUAUACACAGUAUUUGAUUGAAGAUAUAACCAAUUACCUUUCCUUGACCGUUCAUUUCAAUGUGAGUGAUAGACGUAUUCAUUUUUGAUAUAAUGCUUCUUUGGGUAUCUUUUUUAACUGGUUUGCUUUGUUUGGGGAUUUGUGAUGCUGGGUCGGUGCUUCUUAUUCAGAAUCUGGAUCCUGAUGGCAAUUGUUGUGAUUCGGCAAGUCAUUCUGAUUUAAGUCCUAGUUUACUGAUUAUACAUCACUCAAACAUGCUCUAAUCGUUUGACAGUGAGUGUGUCUUCUAUAUUCCCUCAAUACUGUCUCUUGCCGAAAUCUAUCACACUCCGGAGAAGAAGCUCAUCCUAUGUGCUUGUGGCAUGCUGCUAAUCUCAGUAUCAAAAGGCUAGGACAAUGUGACUUCAAGUCUGCAAAUUGUACGAAAACUUCCGUCGCGAAUCACUUCUCGAAUGGUCUUGAUGUACCGCAAUGUGGUAGAAAUGCUCCUCAAGGAAGUCAAAUAUGUCCUUUGAAUACUUGCUGUAGCGGUAACGGAUACUGCGGGGUACGUAUUCCUGGAUCCUAUGAUCUGCACACCAAACUGUGCUGCAACAUUAAAGAUUCCCUCAUCAUACACUAGCUAACCAGCAAUCCAAAGACUACAUCCGCCUAUUGCAUCAACGCCGACCCCGUCAACGGCAAUGUGCCAUGCCAAACAGGCUAUGGCGCCUGCGGCGUAAUAAACUACCCCAACUGCGGAACCGGCAGCACGACCGCCACCAACGGCCGCAAAGUAGCCUACUGGCAAAUCAACAGCGCGACUCGUUCCUGCAAUGCUCUCCCCAUCCCUCUAAUCAACACGCAGGGAAUCACCCAUCUAAUCUUCGCCUUCAUGUCCAUCUCCCCCAACACAUUCCACGUGGUUCCUUUCGAUACCACAGCCGUGCCUCUCAUGCAUCCAUUUACCGCGUUGGCUUCUACUACUCUGGCGACUUAUAUGGCGAUUGGUGGGGGAGGAUCGAGUGUUUUGCCUCCGAUUUGGAGUCAGAUGGUGCAGAGUCCGGGGAAUAGAGCUGCAUUUAUAGGGAGUGUAGAGGGGUGGCUUAGUACGUUUGAAUUUCAGGGCGUGGAUUUAGAUUGGGAGUUUCCGGGUAGUUUGAAUGAUCGGGAUGGGUUUGUCGCGUUGGUUAGAGAAAUGAGGGAGAGUUUUAAUGCGAAUUAUCCGGCGAAGAAUUGGGGGAUUAGUGUAGUUUUGUUCGUUCUUCUCCUCUUCUCUUCUCUUCCUCAUCUAUCUUUUCCAUUUCCUCAUUUCCCCAUUUCUUUUUUUUUUCUUUUUUCGAGAAUACAUACCGGUAAACUUUUAGAAUAAACCAAACUAACAAAACCCAAACACAACCCCCAGACCCCCCGACUUCUCCACCCUCCAAUUCUUCGACCCCAUAAACCUAGAACCCUACACCACCUUCUUCAACUUCAUGUCCUACGACCUCCACGGACCAUGGGAAUCCACCAACCCCUCUCUAGGCGCCUAUAUCCGUCCACAAACCUCCCUGCUAGACAUCAACAGCGCGCUUUCCCCCCUCUGGUUCGCCGGCGUCGACCCCUCGAAAAUAAACCUCGGACUCGCGGCCUACGGUCGCGGCUACACGCUCGCGAAUCCCGCGUGUUGCGAUCAAGGCUGUGCGUAUACGGGCCCUAGUAUUCCCGGGCCGUGUACGACUCAAGAGGGUAUUUUGAGUAUGCGUGAGAUUCAGGUGUUGGUUUUGAGGGAGGCGUUGGGGGUUUCGUGGGUGGGUGGUUCGGCGGCGGGGUCGGGGCAGGAGGGGAAGAGGCGGUUAAACAGAUUGUUUUGGUGGGGAGGCAGUGGAUGGGGUAUGAUGAUCUUGAGACGUGGGGGUUGAAGAGGAGGUUUGCGGAUGGGCUUUGUAUGGGGGGGACUGUGGUUUGGAGUUUGGAUUUGCAGGGGGUGGGGACGUAAGUUUUCUUUCUUUCGGUUUCGGUUUUGGUUCUUUUUUUUAUUUUUAUUUAUAUUUUUUUGUGUUUAUUCUUCUUCUUCUUCCGCUUUUGCUCUUGAUUUUAUGUGAUAGUUCUGUUUUUGAGAGAAUCACCACUAAUAAAUAAUCAAACCUAGAGGCGAUGGGAAUUUCGGGCCUGGG